AUGAUACGGGGUAAGUUUGACAACGAAAAGGAAGAAGUGGAUGGUAAAGCAAGUUCAAGUGUUACCGAAGACUGUGAUUUCAUGUCCCCUAAGCUUAGUGAUUGGUCAGGUAGAGGUUCAGAAGACAUGCUUGAUUGUUUUCCUGAUCGAGGCGAUAAAUCUGUAUCGAUGGAUGAUCUUAAAGCUCACCCCUCCAUGUCAUGUAGGACCCGCUUUGGUCCUAAAUUUAACCAAGGAAUGACCACAUCAUCUGCUGGCAGCAUGACUCCUAGGUCGCCAUUGAUGACACCAAAAACCAGCCAGAUAGACAUGUUAUUGGCAGGGAAGGGUGUCUAUUAUGAACAUCAUGACCUUCCACAGAUGAAUGAGCUUGCUGAUAUUGCUCGAUGUGAUGGCAAUACGCCACUAGAUGAUGACCGAUCUUUGUCGUAUCUGCUGACGUGUCUUGAUGACUUAAGAGUCGUGACCGACCGGAGAAAAUUUGAUGCCCUGAUCGUUGAGACAUUUGGAGCACGCAUAGAGAAGCUUAUUCGGGAGAAGUAUUUGCAGAUUUGUGAGAUGGUUGAUGAUGAAAAAGUUAACAUCGCAAGCACGGUUAUCGAUGAAGAUGCUCCAUUGGAGGAUGAUGUGGUACGGAGCUUGAGAACCAUCUCUAUACAUUCCGGAAAUAAGGACCGCACUUCCAUUGAUGACUUUGAGAUUAUAAAACCGAUUAGUCGUGAUGAUGCAAUUGUAUAUAAAUGA